GGCCGGGGCAGUCGGCGGCGAUGGCGCGAGCGCUGCGGGUGCUGCUGGCGCUGCUGGCGCUGGCGGCCGCCCGGGCCCGCGCGCCCGGCCCGGGGACAGCGCUGCCGGACCUCUGCCUGCUGCCGCGCGAGGUGGGCCGGUGCCGCGCCUCGAUGCCGCGCUGGUGGUUCAACGCCACGAGCCGCAGGUGCCAGCCGUUCACCUUCGGCGGCUGCAAUGCCAACCUCAACAACUUCAUGGAGGAGGAGGAGUGCCGCCAGGCCUGCCCUGCGCCCGCCGAGCUGGAGACGUCGGAGGAGCCCCCGGCCGUCGGCAGGAGAGUGGUGCAGCCCCCCGGGGCCGGCGGGAAGCCCGAGGAGCUGCUCAACAGCACGUCCAGCUACGAAGAGUACUGCAUGGCGCCCCAGGUGACCGGGCCCUGCCGCGCCGCCUUCCCGCGCUGGUACCACGACCCCGUCACGCACGCCUGCCGCCAGUUCACCUACGGGGGCUGCCGCGGGAACAAGAACAACCACCUGAAGGAGGAGAUCUGCCUCAGCCGCUGCCGCUGGGCCCCAGAGCCCGAGACCUCGGAGGAGCCCCCGGGCGCUGGCAGGAGAGUGGUGCAGCCCCCGGGCGCCGGCGGGAAGCCCGAGGAUCGGCCCAACGCCACGUCCAGCUACGAAGAGUACUGCAUGGCGCCCCAGGUGACCGGGCCCUGCCGCGCCGCCUUCCCGCGCUGGUACCACGACCCCGUCACGCACGCCUGCCGCCAGUUCACCUACGGGGGCUGCCGCGGGAACAAGAACAACCACCUGAAGGAGGAGAUCUGCCUCAGCCGCUGCCGCUGGCCCCCAGGUGCGUCGGGUGACCUGGACGAGGGCAGCAUCCACUCCACCAGAGCUGUCGCCCUGGCCGUGCUGCUGGCCCUGAUGGCGGCCGUGCUGCUGGGCUCCGUGGUCGUCUUCUUCGCCAAGCUCUGCCGGAAGGGCCCCGAGUGCGCCGCCGGCCACGGCUGGAGCCCGCUGGACGACAAGGAGCACCUGAUGACCAGCCCCUACGUGCUCUGAGCUGCCCGCGGGGCUCUCUCCACUCCGCGGCGCUCCGCCGCCUCCCCCCAACCCUCCUUCCCCGCGCCGCGCCGCGACGGGGCCUCGGCUGCACCUGCUGUUUUACUUGUUCAUUUUAUCAGAAUAAUUAAUGCAAACGAGUAGUGAAAGAUGCGGGCACCCCCUAUCCCUCCUUCCCCAGGGCUUCCCCCCGGCAGGGGGCUGCCUGAUUGCACCCCUGGAAGUGGCCUUGGGAGCCUGGGCUCGUGGGGCAGGUGCCCCCGAGCGGGAGGCAGGGGAUCGGCGUCAUCUGGGAGCAGUUGGGCUGCACGUGGGGCAGGCCCCAGCCCUGAAGGGAGGUGGGGGUGCAGGAGGCGGUGGACCCACUGUGGGCGUGAGGGCUUCCCGCACGCCUGCCCCUUCCCCGUCUGCUCCACCCUCACUCCUGCCCCUUCUGCGCCUCCGCUCCUCCCUGCCGGGCGGUGCCACCGCGCGGCGCCUGUCCAGUCUCUGCGACCGCCUGGGGUGGCUGUUAAUUAAUUGGGGGCUUCUUUGUCUUGAUUAUUUUUUUUUUUUGUUUAGUUUUUUUACACUGAGAGAUUUUUUUUUCUGAAUAAAGGUAGAAACCUG